AUGUACACGAUGCUGCGGGCGAAGACCCGCAUACCUCAGUGUACAUACACUCCCACCUUCGCGCAGCAGUGGUGUCGAGGAGAAGCACGUCGACGGCGCGCGCGCGGCAGCGGGAUUCCUCCGCGCGGGGCCUGGCGGGCUUUGAUGUCGCUGUACAGGAUGAUGCGACGGAUCCCCGCAUUUGACAGCAGGCUGCAUGAACGUAAAAUGUCGGAGGUCCUCGCUGAGUUCUUUGAUCGCCGAUGGGACCCCCUGGCAGCGCCUCCAGCGCCGCCCCUUGCGCGCUCCGCGUGCCAGGGAGGGGGGGCCAGCGCCGAUCUGCGCGGACCUCCGCAAGUGUAA